CUUGUCCCUGAAAGUCACUAGCCAGAGCUAGCAGCGGCACCACCGUUUUCUGCUUCUUCGAAAAUGGGUAUCUCUCGUGAUUCCAUGCACAAGAGGCGUGCCACUGGUGGCAAGAAGAAGGCUUGGAGGAAGAAGAGAAAGUAUGAGCUUGGGAGACAACCUGCAAACACAAAGAUAUCAAGCAACAAAACUGUUAGGAGGAUUAGGGUUCGAGGUGGGAAUGUGAAGUGGCGUGCAUUGAGGCUUGACACUGGGAAUUACUCUUGGGGGAGUGAAGCUGUGACUCGAAAGACAAGAAUUCUUGAUGUGGUGUAUAAUGCAUCCAAUAAUGAGCUUGUUCGUACUCAGACAUUGGUCAGGAGUGCUAUUGUUCAGGUUGAUGCUGCACCUUUCAAGCAGUGGUAUCUCCAACAUUAUGGUCUUGACAUUGGUCGCAAGAAGAAGAGUACAAUAACCUCUGCGAAGAAGGAAGGGGAGGUACUAGAAGAUGUUGAAACUGCAACUGAGGAUGCGAAGAAGAGUAACCAUGUCUUGAGAAAAUUGGAAAAGCGUAAACAGAACCGGGUGCUUGAUCCUCACAUUGAAGAACAAUUCAGUGGUGGUCGCCUUAUGGCUUGUAUCUCGUCCCGACCUGGUCAAUGUGGUCGUGCUGAUGGAUAUUUAUUAGAGGGCAAAGAGCUGGAAUUCUACAUGAAGAAGAUUCAAAGGAAGAAAGGCAAGGCUGGUGGUGCUGCUUAAGAUCUUGUCUCUGUUCCUACUCCUUGUAUCAAAAUUUCUGCCUCACUUGUUGAAGCUAUUAUAUCUCAGACAACAAUGAGAUGAUCAGUUUUGCCAGGAGGUCUAAUUUAUUGGUGAGAGAGGGGUUAUGGGUGUUAACAUAGCCCAGAACUUUAAAUUGUUACUUAUAGUGAGUCCUGUUUAAAUUGUUUACUUCUACCAUUUCUACUUACUAGUGCAUUCUCUUCAUUAUCUUGGUAUUAUUAUCCUUAAUGAAUGUGAUGCCUAUUUUAUCA